UGAACAAAAGGAAAACCCGCCAGCAGCGAGACAUCCCGAACCGCAAGUCACGGCACAAGCUACCUUAGGUAGGUAGGUACACAUAUUGGCGCGUGCCCCACGAGAUCGCCGUCUACAGCACCGUACGCAGCACGGAGAUGGAUAUUCUAUCGUUGUCUCUGGCGUUGCUUUUCCUCACCCGACUUGUCGUCCUCGACACACCUCCGUCCGUACGCUUUUGUUGUGUUUGUCUCACAGAUCUCAGACCUCAGACCUCAGACCACAGAGCCACUCGCCCAGGCAGUCAAUUCCGCACUCUGCUGCCCUCAUCGUCGUCGCCUAGCUACCAGCAGCCAGCGCUCGCUCUAACCCACUUCUUUUGUCUUCCAUAGUCUCUCCAUCUAUCACGUCUCCCUCUCACACUCCCUCUCACACUCCCUCUCACACUCCCUCUCAC